AUGAUUAUGGUGGCAUCUUAUACCGCUAAUCUGGCUGCGUUCCUCGUUCUCGAUCAACCGGAGCAGGGACUCACCGGUGUUACUGAUCCAAGGCUUCGUAAUCCAUCAGCAAAUUUUUCUUUUGGGACAGUUCUCGACACGAAUACUUAUCAGUAUUUCAAGCGACACAUUGAAUUAUCAACAAUGCAUCGGAAUAUGGAAACACAUAAUGUGCGCGUCGCUGCGGACGCUAUCCAAGCGCUCAUCAAUGAGACAUUGGAUGCAUUUAUUUGGGAUUCAACAAGACUCGAGUUUGAAGCAGCUAGAAACUGUGAACUAAGGAUUCGUGGAGCUCUAUUUGGCCGAUCAGCUUAUGGCAUUGGACUGCAAAAGAAUUCGCCAUGGACACCACAUAUCACAAAUGCUAUACUUAGACUUUCGGAAAGUAUAUAUUUACCACUAACUUUAAAGCGUUAUGAGUGUUUUACAGGUGAAAUACAAGGCUAG